AGCACAGCCUGACAGUGGAAUUUCAGAAAGUGCCUAAAGGGGACAAUCACGAGCCACCACAAUAAAUGGACUGCAGACGUGAAUGCCACGCUUCACGGAGCACUCAGUUUGAAUUCGCGCAGAGAACUACGUGUUAUUACUAAUGAUGUCAGGGCUGCCAAGUCAUUUUCCACCGGAGGGAGGCAAUUACUGAAGUUGCGGGGAAAUACGGGGAUGAGUUGAAUGUAUUGGAGCUGCUGCUUCCCAAAAAAAAGAAAAAAAAUCCAACAGUAUGUUCGUCCAGUCACAUAGAUGCAUGUUACCAUCAACAGAAGUAGAGGGGACAACUGCUGCGGUUUAAUGGUCACGACCCACUACGCAGACUUGCUCGUCAUCUUGUGAUUCAGACUGGAAAUUCUUUUGUGACGUUAAAACGAGGCAGAACCGUGGAGGGCUUGAACCUUAAAUUACUUACUAAUUUCAUAAUACACCCCCGUGGCUAUUUGUACGGUGGAUUUUCGACACGGAUAUAAAAACACUGUCUUACUCGCCUUUAAACAGUUAAAAGCCUUGUGUGAUUUGCGGAGCCCGACGAUUACAAAUAGUGACUUCUAAAGCAAACAACCAAAAAGGGCCUUUCUUUGGAUUUGUGCUUGUGUACACGCGAAACCGAUCCAAUCACCUAAAUACACCAACAGAUGCCCGUCUGAGAGUGAGUGUACUGUACCUGCCAGUUGUUUCAGACGCGCUUGAAAGGCGCGCUUGUGAUUCGGUGUGAAUAAUCACCUCUCCUUCAACUGCAGCUCGCACUGUUUAACUGUGCCCGAACUUAAGGCUAAUAUUAAACAGCGACAUAGUGAAUGAUUUGCGUUUCAGCUGUUUGAUACCUGUGGAAGUCUGAGAUGAAAAAGGAUUCUCCGUAGAAAGGUGGCAGUCACGUUUUGCGCUUGCCAGCUGUGUAUUUGUCUACAGUACAUUCAAUGUCUGGGCAGUUUUCUUCGAUCGGGGGAGAACGUAGCCGGGACAGAAUCAGCACCGCGUAACUGAACAGCUCCUUUUCCCUUGUUGACUGUCCGGAUGGGCGCAAUUUGUCUCGUUUUCUGAGAAACUGCUAGCAACAAUUCAUAAUGGCAUCACACGGCUUUUGGUCUUUUGGUACUGAAAAUGGGGGGAACAACAGCAGCCAAAGCCCAAGCACACCAAGGGCUUGGUGUCAGGCUGCCCAGAAAUUCACAGGAGGGCUUGGAUCAAAAUUAUGUGCGCUGCUUUCUGUUGGAGAAGGGGAAAAAACGACUGACUCCACAACUAAACAACAAGGAGCGACUUUAGAGACCUGCGAGUGCAGCAAACCAUGCAAUUGUUCCAAAACGAACGUAGAUUUCUCAGUCCUAUAUUCAACAGAUCUACUACCAGCAACAGAUGGAGACCUAGCAACCAUAACUUUUCUUCAGGAAAUUGUGGAUAUUUUGCUGGCGUACAUAGUGAAAACGUUUGACAGGUCAACAAAAGUCAUUGAUUUCCAUUAUCCCAACGAAUUGCUUCAAACAAAUAAUUGGGAGCUUUCCGACGAGCCAGAAACGCUGGAUGAUAUUUUGUUAAACUGUCGUGCAACGUUGAAAUACGCGAUAAAAACAGGCCACCCCAGGUACUUCAAUCAGCUUUCUACCGGAUUAGAUAUGGUCGGCUUGGCAGCGGACUGGCUGACUUCUACCGCUAAUACGAACAUGUUCACCUAUGAGAUCGCUCCGGUGUUUGUCCUGCUGGAGUACGUCACACUGAAGAAGAUGAGGGAGAUCAUCGGCUGGCCGGAAGGCAACGGGGAUGGAAUAUUCUCUCCGGGUGGUGCUAUAUCUAAUAUGUAUGCAAUGCUGGUUGCCCGAUUCAAGAUGUUCCCCGAAGUGAAGGAGAAAGGAAUGUCAGCUGUUCCGAGACUGGUUGCCUUCACCUCUGAGCACAGUCACUUUUCUAUUAAGAAAGGAGCAGCAGCCCUGGGAAUUGGCACUGACAGUGUAAUUUUGAUCAAGGUUGAUGAGAGAGGUAAAAUGAUACCAUCGGACCUCGAGAGAAGAAUAGUGGAAGCCAAACAAAAGGGCUUUGUGCCGUUCUUUGUCAGCGCCACAGCAGGCACGACUGUCUACGGAGCAUUUGACCCUCUCAUUGCAAUUGCAGACAUAUGCAGGAAGCACAAAGUCUGGAUGCAUGUGGAUGGAGCCUGGGGUGGCAGCCUCCUCAUGUCCAGGAAACACAGAUGGAAAUUAAAUGGAGUUGAAAGGGCCAAUUCUGUGACAUGGAACCCUCACAAGAUGAUGUCUGUUCCAUUGCAAUGCUCUGCCCUAUUAGUCAGAGAAGAGGGACUGAUGCAGCGCUGUAACCAGAUGCACGCCUGCUACCUCUUUCAGCAAGACAAGCACUAUGAUCUGUCCUACGACACGGGCGAUAAGGCACUGCAGUGUGGCCGCCAUGUUGACAUUUUUAAGCUGUGGCUGAUGUGGAGGGCGAAGGGAACCGUAGGGUUUGAGGCUCAAAUUGACAAAUGCCUGGAGCUUUCGGAAUACCUUUAUAACAAAAUAAAGAACAGGGAUGGUUAUGAGAUGGUUUUUGAUGGAAAGCCUCAGCACACCAAUGUCUGCUUCUGGUAUCUUCCGCCUGGCCUUCGCUAUGUGGAGGACAAAGAGGAGAGGAUGAGGCGCUUGCAUAAGGUUGCCCCAGUAAUCAAGGCACGGAUGAUGGAGUAUGGGACGACUAUGGUGAGUUACCAACCGCAAGGGGAAAAGGUCAACUUUUUCCGAAUGGUCAUCUCGAACCCCGCAGCCACUUUCGACGACAUUGACUUCCUCAUUGAGGAAAUUGAGCGGCUGGGACAAGACUUAUAGACCCCAUUGACAAAAUCUCAUUAGACAAAUGAAAUGCUUGUAGUGAAUGUACCAGUGCUUUAUUCUUUCCUCUGAAGCUGUCCUGUAUAUGUGUCUAUAAAUGUCUCUGUAUCGUAUUUUGGGUGUCCAAAGCACUGUUAGAUGGCUUGUGUCUGCCUUCCAGACCUAGAUUAGAUAAUUCGAUGUUUCCUUCAUUCAUUUCUUCAUCGAGUGAUAUUGAUGCAGAGAUAUUUUGCUCUAGGGUGGUGCAGCUAGCAGCAUUAAAGUGUCUGGAUCGAAUUAAUAUUAAUGAAUAGGCAAGGGGUAUCGCAAGCUGAAGAGUGCAUUGGAAAUUACAGUACUUCAAAUUUAAUACACACAAAUUUCAGAAAUGAUUGAAGACUAUUAAUUGUAAUUCACUACAAUUGAUAAUUGUAGUAACCCACAUUAAAGCAGAUAGUAAAAGUCAAAGUUAAUACAAUUUUUCAUUUAAAGGACCAAAGUCUAUGUCCCUUAGAAAUAUACUCUAUAUUUAUGCCUUUUUAGUAUCUUGUUAAUCUGUAACUUUUAUGUAAAAACAUUCAACAUUUGAAUUGGUACCUCUUACAAAAGAGUGGUAAACCUUAUACUGUAUUUUCAGUUCCAUAUUGAUUAACAGAAGAUGAUAUAAUUAUAUGAAUCUUCUGGUUCACAGCUUGAUAGCUGAUAGACACAUGUUCACUUUAUGGACAUAUUGCAUUAUACAGUAUGUGAAAAACUAUCAGAAUGAGGGUCUUUAGGAUUCCAGGAAAGGGACUUGUAAGAUGUUGAAGAAGCAUUUUUUUCAGAGCUACAAGAGGAAUGUGUUGUAAGUCUUAUUGGCAUUGUGCCUCACUCAGAGCCUUUGUCCUUCAUCUUUCAGAAGCUCUGAAUUCACUUGCACUACAACAGGGAGAACAAUAUAGCACUCCAGGUGAAUUAGAUUAGUGAUAGUAGAACUCAGCUAAUCCCACAAAAGUACAUAGAUGUAAAAAUUAAAAAGCACAAUUAAGUCAUAAUAAUGUUGAUGAAGUGUCUGUCUGCUUCUGAGUAUCAGCUGUAAAUAAAAAGUGCUUUGAUUUAUUUGCACAAGAGCUUGAUGAGAAACAAUCCAAGCAAUUACCUUUAUGUAUAUAAAGUAUUGCAUAUUGAAAAAUAGUAUUAUGAUUUGUGACACACAGCUACUUAUUAUCUGGAAAUCAUUAUUUAUACACAGUAAGUUUAUAGUACGUAUAUAAUUGCUUUUUAGCAUGUGAUCAAAUACCUGAAAUGGUAAAUUCAAUGGCUUAUUUUAUCUCAUGUAGUGUGCUUUCAGGGACUGGUUUUAUAUGCAAAAAAGGGGAGUUUAUUGGGAUUGGUAUUCAUCCACAGUUUUGCAUGGUAAACGAGUAUAUAGGGUAUAUCCUUAGGACAGUGUUAUAUGUUUGAAAUUAUGCAAAAUCAAUUUAGAAAUGAGCCCUGUGUUCUUAUUGUGCCCGUGAGUUACUUGAUGUGCCAUGCGCAGAAAAUUGUUUUUGUGUCCGUAACUGUGUUGCCUUAGUAACAAUUGCCAGUGCAGUCUCGUUCUCCUCAAACUGAGGCUGUGUACUUUAGGGUCUUGGCGUAACGAUAGCUACGUGUGUGCAGUGCCUGUGGUUGUUGUACUGAUGUGCAAAACGUGCGCGGUAAAUAUUUGAAUGUGUCGGAGCUUCAGCCUCUAGUGAAAGUGAUCACCUUGCUGCUCUGCUGUUGGCAUCAGCUCUUACCAUAGUAGAGCAGGUUGUCGAUCCACAAUGGACCUGUGUCAAGACCUGUCUGUAAAAGGAAAUUGUUUUGUUCAAUUUUUGUUUUUAAAAAAGGCAACUGGGAGUCUGGUUGUGAUUUUUUUAUGACGUUUUGAUGAAUUUAUAAAAUGCAUUAACAUUAAAACCAUUACCCAUCAUAUUUCUUACCAAUUAAAACAUCUAUUACUAAAAUGUAUUUUUUUUGCUCGCAUAUACAGUAGGUUCCUUAUUGUGUGAAACAUUCAUCGCACACCUGCAUGAAUGCUAUCUAUUUUUUCUGCUUCAAAUACAAGGUCUAAUAUAAUAUGGUUCCAUGAUCUGUUUCCCUUGGAUAAAAACAAAAAUUGCAAGGCAUUAAGUUAGUGCAUCAAUAACUUGUACAUCAGGAAUUUCCCUGACUCUCAGCCACACCCUUGAAACUAGGGUGCAGAAUGGUAUCCCUUUUCUCUCUUUACUCUAAAACCAUUGCCUAUUUUAGUAAAAACAGCCCAUAAAGACUGGAAGCAGAAACAUGUCUUUUCUUCCUUAGGCUUUAGGAUUGCUUAUAGGUUGCAAAAAUCCAUUUGUGCA